AUGAUCUUCUGGGGUGUGCUUGUAGCUCCGUUUGAUUGGGAAGUUGGUGAUCUUCCACGGAACCCUGUCCCGGUAGAUGCAAUCCCAGAUAUUGGCGAGAAUCAGCAGAUUGUCUUUACGGAAUGGAUGGGGCGUUCGCCCCAGGAUAUUGAUGAUCAGAUCUCGUAUCCGAUGACUGUGGCACUGCUAGGGAUUCCGGGGGUCAAGGAUAUCCGGAGCUAUUCGGUGUUCGGGUUCUCGACGAUUUAUAUAGUCUUCGAGGAUGGGAUUGAGUUCUAUUGGUCUCGUUCUCGUGUGCUUGAAAAACUCAACUCUCUCCCAGCGGGAACGCUCCCGUCUGGUGUUGUGCCGACGCUUGGGCCGGACGCAACGGCAUUGGGGCAGGUUUUCUGGUACACGCUCGAAGGGCGUGAUUCAGAUGGGAAUCCGACAGGGGGAUGGGAGCCCGAUGAGUUGCGAUCAAUCCAGGACUUCACCGUCAAGUAUCAACUCGCAGGGGUUGAGGGCGUCAGUGAAGUCGCUUCGAUUGGUGGGUUUGUUCGUGAAUAUCAGGUUGAUGUGAACCCAGACGCAAUGCGUGCGGCGGGGAUCACACUCAAACAAGUCAUCGGAGCGGUUCGAAAGAGUAAUCUUGAUGUUGGCGCUCGGACACUGGAAGUGAAUCGAGCGGAAUACAUCGUUCGGGGGAUAGGGUUUAUCGAGGAUCCUGAGGAUCUUGAACAGACGGCAAUCACUGCACGAGACGGGCAGCCAAUUUUGAUCGGGGAUAUUGCACAAGUGGGGUACGGUCCUGCGCUUCGUCGUGGUGUGCUCACGAAGGCUGGUGUUGAGGCGGUUGGUGGAGUGGUUGUCGUUCGAUAUGGCGAGAAUCCUAUGGCAACGAUCGAGCGUGUGAAAGAACAAAUCGCUUCGACGGCCUCGGGAUUGCCUACCAAGAUCUUGAGUGAUGGCACUGAAUCACAAGUGACCAUUGUUCCGUUUUAUGAUCGCUCAGGGCUCAUCAAGGAAACACUGGGAACGCUCAACUCAGCAAUCGAGCAGCAGGUGUAUGUGACGAUCAUCGUGGUCGUGUUGAUGGUGAUGCAUCUACGGAGCAGCAUACUCAUUGGCGCGAUGCUUCCAAUCACGGUGAUGGGGACAUUCAUCGGGAUGAAAGUGUUCAGGGUUGAUGCGAAUAUUGUGGCGCUGUCUGGGAUAGCUAUUGCGAUUGGCACGAUUGUGGAUAUGGGGAUCGUGCUCUCGGAGAAUAUUCUUCGUGGUCUUGAUGAUGCUGACCCGACAGAGUCUCGGCUUGAGGUGGUCUAUCGAGCGUCGUCGGAGGUCGGGGGGGCGGUGCUUACGGCUGUGGCAACGACAGUUGUCGGAUUCUUGCCGGUGUUCACGAUGGAAGCGGCGGAAGGCAAGCUGUUCAAACCGCUUGCCUAUACCAAGACAUUCGCCCUGAUCGCAUCGAUCAUCAUUGCCCUGACGAUCCUGCCCGCUGCGGCUCAGGUUCUGAUGGGAUUCCGGGUUCCGAUCAAGUCGAUGCGGACGAUUUCUUCAGCGAUGCUCGCUGUGGCUGGGGUCUGCAUAGCCAUUUGGAUUCAGCCGCUUGGUGGUAUAUUGAUCGCUGCGUUCGGAAUGUUUUAUUUGAUCGAACCAGCAUUACCCAAACUUGUUGCAAGGUCUUUGCUUUGGUCGGCGAACCUUGUUGUGGUUGGAGUGGUGCUUGUGGUUCUUGCCGGUUCAUGGGAGCCUUUAGGACCAGAGCCUGGCUUGAUUGGGAAUGCGAUAUUUAUUGGUUCCAUCGUUGGUGGAUUACUGUUGGUGUUCUGGGUAAUCCGAAUACUGUUCCCACUCGUGCUUACGUGGGCGCUUAAGCAUAAAGUGAUUGCGCUCUCGCCUGCCAUAUUCAUUGUUCUCUUUGGCUCAACUGUUUGGCAUGGGUUUGACCAGGUAUGGGGGUGGUUGCCAGAGGGAGUCCGCCAGAAUGAGCGAACGGUCAAGAUUGCCCAUUCGCUCCCCGGAUUGGGUUCGGAGUUUAUGCCUUCGCUUGAUGAGGGAUCGUUCUUGUAUAUGCCGACGACGAUGCCGCAUGCAUCUAUUGGUGAGGCAACGGACAUACUCAAAGAGCUUGAUCUGCGGAUUAUGAGUGUCCCCGAGGUCGAGAUGUCGGUCGGGAAGAUCGGGCGGGUUGAUAGCCCGCUGGACCCGGCACCGAUUUCGAUGAUCGAAACCAUCAUCGAGUAUGCAGACGAAUACAUCAUGGAUGACAGGGGGCAUCGAAUUCUCUUUGCGGUUGAUGAUGAGGGUAAAUAUCUCAGAUCAGAGUCCAACGAACUCAUUGAAGACGAUGAUGGUGAGCCCUACCGCCAGUGGCGUGAUGAGAUUCAAUCGCCGCAGGAUAUCUGGGAUGAGAUCGUGCGGGUUGCGGAGAUGCCCGGUGUGACAAGCGCCCCCAAGCUUCAGCCGAUCGAGACUCGGAUUGUGAUGCUCCAGUCAGGAUUCCGUGCUCCGAUGGGUAUCAAAGUCUACGGGCCAAGCUUGGAGUCGAUUGAAUCGUUCGGCCUUGAACUCGAACGCUUGCUCAAAGAAGUGCCUUCGGUGCAGCCCGCUGCGGUCUUUGCGGAUCGUGUGGUUGGGAAGCCGUAUUUAGAGAUCGAGAUCGACCGUGAGAAGAUCGCCCGGUACGGGAUACAGAUCGAUGAUGUGCAGGAAGUUAUCGAGGUGGCUAUUGGCGGGAAGCCGUUGACGAUGACCGUUGAGGGCCGUGAGCGGUACCCGGUGCGGGUCCGGUAUUUGAGAGAGUUGCGAGAUCAGCCCGAGACACUUCUGGAUAUUCUUGUCCCUGCGCCAGAUGGAACGCAGGUUCCUCUUGGAGAGCUCGCCACGCUUGAGUAUCGGCGCGGCCCUCAGAUGAUCAAGAGUGAGGAUACUUUCCUUGUAGCGUAUGUGCUCUUUGAUAAGCAGCCCGGGGUUGCAGAAGUCACCGUCGUUGAAGAUGCGAACGCCUACAUCAACUCGAAGAUUGAAUCUGGUGAACUUGUUGUGCCCGCAGGAGUGAGUUAUGACUUUGCCGGUUCAUACAAGAAUCAGAUCCGUGCGGCGAAACGGAUGAGCAUUGUUCUGCCACUGUCGCUUGUGGCGAUCUUCUUAUUGCUGUACUUCCAGUUCAAGAAGGUCAGCGUCACGAUGAUGGUGUUCUCUGGCGUAUUUGUCGCUUGGGGUGGCGGGUUCAUGAUGCUGUGGCUCUACGGGCAGCCCUGGUUUAUGGAUAUUGAUCUGUUUGGAAACAACCUCAGAGAUCUGUUCCAGAUCCGCCAGUACAACCUGAGUGUUGCCGUGUGGGUUGGGUUCCUUGCUUUGUUCGGGAUUGCGACCGAUGACGGCGUCAUCAUGGCUACUCGAAUCGAGCAGUCAAUGCGUGAAGAGAAACCCAACUCAAUCGAAUCGAUCCGUCAUGCGGUGGUCACCGGCGGUCGGCUACGGGUGCGUGCAGCCGUGAUGACUUCUGCAACCACUAUUCUCGCACUCCUCCCAGUGCUUACGAGCACUGGUCGAGGUUCGGACAUCAUGAUCCCGAUGGCGAUCCCAACCUUUGGCGGGAUGGCUGUUGCAUCGUUGACUUGGUUUGUCGUUCCCAUCCUGUACUGCUGGGCGCAGGAAUGGAAACUCCGUAUAACACAGAUUACCAGCAAGAAAACCACUGACUAA